UAUAAUUUUAUUUUUGUAAAAAGUAAUGAAAAAAGAAAAAGAAAAAGAAAAAGCAUUGUAAAUACCCUAUUGUCCAAAUGUGAUUGGUGAAUAACCAAAGAAACAAAGCGAUAAGAUAAACCCAACCAACCCAUUUUCAGUUUCCACCAUUUCUCAAUUCCCACCACCAUGGAAGCCACCGCAACUGUCUUCACCUUUUCUCUUCCAUCCACCAAAACCCAAACCCGUCAAUUCCUAACCCGACCCGUUAACCCAUUCAUCUCCCCCUCAUCAUUCAAACCAAAACCCGUUUUCAAAACCCACCGUUUCCUCCCUUCCAUCACCGCCGCAAUCUCUCGCACAAAGAAAGAAGAAACCGUCGAAUCCGUCAGAGACCAGCUCGAAAACUGCUACCUCCUCGCCGGAAUCAACUACAAAGGCUUCACCGUGAAGCAAUUUCAAGACCUCCGAAAAUCUCUCCCGGAAACAACGAAACUCAUCGUCGCGAAGAACACUUUGGUCUAUAAAGCACUUGAAGGAACGCAAUUCGAGACGCUGAAGCCUUGUAUGAAAGGGAUGAACGUGUGGCUGUUUGUUCAUACGGAAGAGAUUCCUUCUGCUAUUAAACCCUAUAGAGAUUUUCAGAAAGAGAUGAAGCUCGAGGAGAAUGAUUUCACUGGUGCUGUUUUUGAAGGAAAGUUUUAUGGUCCUGAUGAGUUUAAGAAACUCGAAACGUUGCCGACUCGGGCGGAGAUUUAUGCGAACUUGUUGGGUUCUUUGAAAAGUCCUGCUUCGAGUUUGGUUACGACGAUUCAGGCUCCGGCAAGGGAACUUCUUAUGGUUCUUAAGGCGCAUAUUAAGAAUCUUGAAGAACAGGAACAAGGGAGUGCUGUUUAAUAGAUAAGUUUUUUGAUUUUGUUUGUAUCUUUGUUUUAUAGUUUUAUGUUACAAUGUUUCUUUUGUUUCUAAGUACAUUUGAGUAUGAAUGUUUGUUUAUGUUCAUUCUGAUAUUAUGUUUACAAAUGUACAUUGAUUGAUGCUUUGAGGUUCUAUCAGAAAAUGUAGAAUGGUGCAUUCUUUGGUUC